GAGUAGUAAGUGCAGUUGCCUAAUUUUUCUUCGUCUUUACUAAAAAAAAACUGUGGACAUUUGGUGAGUGUGAUUGUGUUAUGGGUGUAUAGAUUCUUGUUGCGUUGAGUAUAGAAGGUUAAGAAGAUGACGGCUGUUCGCGAGGUUCCUGAAAGCGCCUUGGAGAGUUCGGACUCCUCGGAUUCUUCUUCAAUGAACAACAACGAUUCUUCCGUGUCUGGAAUACAGCUGUACAAGUCCGGCGCCUUCAGCAAGUGCAACAGCUUCGUGAACAAACUGGACUCGUACAACAACAACCAACUGCUGCUUCCAUCUCAGUUCUACAAGACUUUGCUCGCGAAAGCAGUGCUUCAGAGCAACGACGAUAAGGCUAACGUCUACAAGAACAUGCUCUUCCACAAGGACCGCGACUUUGAUCAGAAGGCUUUCGGCUGGGAAGGCGGUCAGAGCGGCGGUAGUCCUUCUGGUCCUCAAUCCGGUGGUGUCGGCAGCCAAGGGGCCCAAGGACUGGUCCAUUGGAUGAGCGUGAUGGCCGAGCACAUGGAUCCUGCCGUUCAGCAUUACAUGUCCUGGAACCAAGAG